UUUCUUUCCUCCGCCUAUUGUCAUGUAUAUUUUUGUAUUUAGUGAGUGAUAGCAAAGCAGUCGGUGCAUUUUGUAACAAUAACAAAGAUGCUUAGAUAAUGGUUGACUUGAAUAUAAUGAAAGAGCCUGCAAGACAUGCAUAGAACGCAGUGAAUUACAUUUCUAUGGCGCGAGCAUUCAAAGUUCAAAGUAUUUCAGGAAUUGCAAAAUGAUAACUAAUAUAAUGAACGUUGAGAAUAAACUAUGAAAACAUUGUGAAUCCUGCCAUUGGCUGUGGUGGUUGCUAAGGAGUAUGUUUCUCCGUUGCUGCGUCGAAUAGGCAAUGAAACAUCCGCGGUCACUGAUCGUCGCAUCUAUAUCAGGACCGAAUAUGGCAGCCGGUUGCAUUGUGGUGCCUCUCAUCAUACCGAUUCGAAUUCCCCCUCCUGGUAAAGCCAAGCAUGAGAUAGACACCACAACUCCUGUGGAGCUCAAAUCAGAUACCCAAGAUGUCACUAUCUACUACACUCUGGAUGGUACUAAACCAGAGGUGGCGAAGAGACCAGGGUUUGGAGAGAACAACACUUUGAAGUAUAGCGGACCAAUACGCUUACCUGAGGGCAAAGUGUCAGUCAAAGCUCUGGCUAUCACCAGGGAUGGUCGAGAGAGUGCCAUUGUCACCAAGCUAUUUCUGGUGGAGUAUGUGCCCUCAAACGAGCCACCUUCCAUUGAGGACAAGGAGGAUAACUUUCUGAAGGAGUAUGAACGAGACCUCUCUAGACAGGAGAUGGGGACAGCGAACGGUUCUGGAGAUGCCUCACUGAAGCUUCAAGUGCCAAAGACCUACCGGCCCCCUAAAGGUCCACGGUUCCUCAGCAGCCGUCUAGGGCCUGUGUCCCCUGCUCUGGAGCCCAUGUCUUCACAUCGUUCUCAAACACUGAAUGCAAGCUUGGAAGACAGUCCUUUCAAAAACCUAACCAGCACUCAAAUGUCAAGGAUCCAAAGGGAGACAGACUUUCUGAGGUGUGCGAAGUGCUUGAGCCAUCGCCCCUCAGACCCCUUUGCCCGCUUUUGUCUGCAGUGCGGCACCGCUGUGCUGCCUGUGCCAGGCCAGAGGCUGCCACCCACAGAGGGUGGACAGAUGGGCUUGUGUGUCCACUGUAAAACAAUGGUGCCUGUCAACACCGCCACAUGUGUGGUAUGUGAGGCCCCCAUGAGCCCCCAGCUCCAGCCUCAGGCCAGCUUAAGACUCCAGAACAAGGUGAUCUGUCCGUCAUGUGGAACCGGAAACCCUCUGCAUAUCUCAACUUGUGUCACCUGUGAAACUAAACUACUGCAGCCACCCACUGCUGUUUUGGGUGGUCAGAGUGCCCCGCCACUUCCAUCUGGAGCAGGCAAGAUGAUGUCCUGUUCUAAGUGCAGCCGGGUCAACCACUCGGAUGCGCGCUUCUGUGACUGGUGCGGUUCCAAGCCUGGCCAUUCAGUCAGCUGUUUGAUCUGCUCCCGGUGCGGAGCGAGCAGCCACCCUUAUGCCAAAUUCUGUGGCUCCUGUGGGGUGUUUCUGGAGGGGCCACCUAGGGGGGAGUCACGUGCCAGCCUUGCCUAUUCCAUGGGGGGUAAACUGGAGUUGGAGCGAAUGUCCACUCACACCUCUGACGGUGCCACUGCCACCUGGCAGGCUGUGCCCUCCUCCGUUUCCCCCGGUGUGGCGUUGGCCCCGGCUCCAGCACGGGCGGACCAGCAGACUCAGACGGUGGGCUUGUUCUACCCGUCGGGCACUGAAGUCCAUAGGAAGGGCCAGCAGGUGGAGCUGGAGCUCAGGAGACAGGAGCAGAUGAGGGACCGCAGACCACUGCUCACAGCUAUAAGCCCAGGCAGAGGGUACUGGAGGAAGCAGCUGGACCAUGUGUGUGCUCACCUGCGCAGCUACACUCAGAACAACACUGAGUUUCGAGCUCUCAUAGGGGAGCCUCGCAUGGGCCGGAUGGUUUCAGCUGUGAUCCAGGAGGACAACUAUGAAGUCAGUUUGAGGAUCAACUUUGUCUCCGCCGGACUUGAAAAAACGAAGUCCUGUCAGGUAGACGGGACUGAGAAGCCCCUUAUCCUAUCAGAGAACCAGAACCUCAGCAGUGUGACGGAAGGCAUGAGCGGCCUAUCAGCCAGACAGACCAGCCUGGGUGAGAAAGAGAGUGAGAACGCUACCUCAAAGUCUGCAGCUUCCAGGAGAACAGUGAAAAACCUCAGUCAGAGCUGGACCUCUGACGUUGCACAGAAACCGCCUCCAUCCAAAGACAGUCUGCUUCUGAGGGAAGUUGGCCCAGACGGGAGGGGGGAGAUCUCUGUGGUCCAGCAACUGCUUGAUGAGGGUGCAGAUCCCUCAUGCCAGGGGUGCGCCGGGCACCCUGCCCUGGUUGUUGCUGUGCUGCACGAGCACCACGAGGUCCUGCCUGUGCUGGUACAAAGGGGAGCUGACGUCAACCGGCAGUCUGGGCCGGUGAACAACACCGCUCUGCAUGAGGCUGCUGUUCUUGGGAGUAAGGGCUUACGGUGUGCAGAGACACUAUUAGGAUGCAACGCCAGCAUUCGGAAGAAGAACGACAGAGGUCUGACGGCCUAUGACUUGGCAGUCACUUCAGAUUGCAGCCCUUUGGUGUCUCUACUAGCUGCUAAGAUGGGUCAGGGCAUGCUAGACAGACUGGUCAAACCCAGGACUCUCCCAAACCUAGAUGCAUUCCGAUGACAGAGAGAAUUGUGUGCGGCCCCCAAAUGGCACCCUAUUCCCUAUAGUGCACUGCUAUGGGCCCUGCUCAACAGUAGUGCACUAAAUAGGCAACAGGUUCCCAUUUGGGAUGCAACCUAUUUGGGAUGCAACCUUUUCUCCAUGGUGGCCUUAUUUUCUGAAUUGACCAUUCAUCAAUUAUCUUGAAUCUGUUAAUCAAUUAUAAUUUCCAGAAAUGGGAUUGAUAAGGAAUUUACCCCAACCUUAUGUACUGUAGUGCUACAAACAUCUAUAACAGUUUGAGGAAAAACACCAAUUUCUUGUAAAUGGCUAAUUUGUUAAUACUAACAAAACAUUCGAUUUGAAUACAGAUGCGCAAUAUACAGUGCCUUGCGAAAGUAUUCGGCCCCCUUGAACAUUGCGACCUUUUGCCACAUUUCAGGCUUCAAACAUAAAGAUAAAACUGUAUUUUUUUUUUUUUUUUUCUUCGAUGUGCAAAACUGAGAAACAUACCCCAAGCGACUUACAGCUGUAAUCGCAGCAAAAGGUGGCGCUACAAAGUAUUAACUUAAGGGGGCUGAAUAAUUUUGCACGCCCAAUUUUUCAGUUUUUGAUUUGUUAAAAAACGUUUGAAAUAUCCAAUAAAUGUCGUCCCACUUCAUGAUUGUGUCUCACUUGUUGUUGAUUCUUCAAAAAAAUACAGUUUUAUAUCUUUAUGUUUGAAGCCUGAAAUGUGGCAAAAGGUCGCAAAGUUCAAGGGGGGCGAAUACUUUCGCAAGGCACUGUAGUACUUGAUUAUAAUAAUAAAUGGUACACAUACUACUAGCUAUAGUAACUAACACUAGUUCUAAGAGGCAUGUACACUGAGGUCCAAAAGUAUUGACAGUGACCCAUUCCAGCGCUUUGAAAUAAAACAAUAACUGAUGUUUAAGUGCAGACGGUCAGCUUUAAUAUGAGGAUAUUUUCAUCCAUAGAAAUUACAUCACUUUUUGUAAAUAGCCCCCCCAGUUUAAGGAACCAAAAGUAUUUGGACAAAUUCACUUAAUCAGAAAUUAUUCAUACCUUCAUUCCAUUUUUUAUUUAACAAGCAUACCCAUAACAUGAUGCAGCCAUCACUAUUCUUAAAAAUAUGGAGAGUGGUACUCAGUCAUGUGUUGUAUUUGCCCCAAACAUAAUACUUUGUUUUCAGGCCCAAAAAAUUAUUGCUUUGCCACAUUUUUUGCUGUGUACUUUUUUUUAUUCGGCAGGGUAGGCUAGUGGUUAGAGCGUUGGACUAGUAACCGGAAGGUUGCAAGUUCAAACCCCCGAGCUGACAAGGUACAAAUCUGUCGUUCUGCCCCCGAACAGGCUGUUAACCCACGGUUCCGAGGCCGUCAUUGAAAAUAAGAAUUUGUUCUUAACUGACUUGCCUAGUUAAAUAAAGGUUCAAUUUAAAAAAAUUCUGUACAGGCAUCCUUUUCACUCUGUCAAUUAUGUUAGUAUUACGGAGUAAAAGUACUGUAAUUUCUUAACAGUUCACCCGAUAUGGAUGACAAUACCCUCAAAUUAAAGCUGACAGUCUACACUUUAACCUGUCAUGGUAUCAUUUCAAAUCCAAAGUUCUAGAAUACAUAACCAAAACAUUUGUCACUGUCCAAAUACUUUUGGAUCUCACUGUACAAUAUAUAUUCCAGCAAGCAAAUGAAGACAGAAUUCAGAAUGUGAGUGAUUUUGUUCUUUAUAUAAUUGCCACUUGGGCUGUCGAAUUAUUCAGAAAUGCGAGUGUAUAAAAUUACAAUAAAAUAUCGUCCUUCA